ACUUACUUGUCUACCACACUUGGACACAGUUGACUCCCUUUCUUGUGGAGAAUUUUUGUUCACUUGGCUUCGGGGACAGCAUUCUUUUUGUUCUGUUCCCACCUUUCAAACAAUCCAUCAAUCAUCUUGAACUCUUCCCGGAUCCUCUCCUUAAGUAGUUUUCAUUGGAUACAAAUGGAGUCGAGAUAUCUUCGAAGGUUUCUUGGUCAUUGCCUUAGUCAGGCUCUUGCAGAUGUGGCCAAAUUUAAGCCAGUAGAUCCAAUAGAAUAUUUGGCAUUCUGGCUUUACAAAUACAAGAAAAACAUGGCAACACAACAAAUGAGGAGAAUGGAACUGGCUCAGUUGCAGCAAGAGCAAGAAGCUGCUAGGAUGGAGCAGGAAAUGUUGAAACAACUGAAAGAAGAGGAGCUGUACUUUCAGCAGAAACAACUGGAGUUGGAAAUGCAAGAAAAAGAGAGGAAGAGACUUGAAGAGUUAGAGAAGCAACGAAUUGCAGCAGAAUUAGAAGACAUGAAAAGAUUGACCUUAGAAGAGCAAGAGAAGUCCCAGGAGGAGCAAAAUUGGGAAGAAGAAGACACUAUAUCAGGAACUCCAGUGGAAGGGGAUGCCUUAAACAAGACAUUAGCUGAAAUUAGUGAUAGGUAUGGAGCACCUAAUUUAAGUCGAGUUGAAGAAGUAGAUGAAUCAAAUGUUUUGGAAGGGGCAUUAGAUUAUGAAAAAGAUGACAUAUAGCAAUGAACAUCAGCCAUACACAGUUUUGCUUGUUACAGUUUUCAAUAAAAAAAAUUCAACUUGA